CUCUGGUUGUUUUUAGAAUUGCCUCUAUACAAGAUCUCAACAUUUUUUCAGUUGAAUGUGUGUCCAUAGUUGUUCACAAGCAUUGAUGUAAGCGAAGAUAUGUCAUGGAGUUUGAUCGCUAAUUGAUGUUCAUGAAGACGAAGAUGAAUAGGUUGUCCGCUUUGUCUGAUGUAUUGUUUUUUUGCAGUUGGAACAAUUGAGAAUACUUAGGAACAAAUACUUGAUUCAUGAGUACUGAAACAUGAUCUAAGUUAAUCAAUAAUGGUCAAUCAUUCAUCUAAUCGAAAUUGACAGUCUUACUGAAAUCUCGAUCUAAACUAUACUUAGUAUCAAUGUUCUUAUUGUUCUAAGUAGUAUAUUCAAUCCGAUCAUUAAUAUAUGCAUUAUUAUUUACUCUUCUAAACAACAGCAUAUCAUUCCAGCAGUAGUGACAUUACUCGAAGCAUUUAUAUGUCGACCGAAAUCUGUCUUAUUGUGGAAAUCAUUUGUUGUAUGUUACAUACUGAUGACAGUCUACAAUAUCUAUAUGGAAGUUUCAAUUGUUGCGUUGCAAUUCAGUCCAUAUCCUAAAUUAGACAAAAUUCCUACUGUUUAUCGUUAUCUUGUUUAUCUUAUAAGUUGGGGACUGGUAACUAUAUUCACUCUUGUCAGUUAUGGAAUUCUUCGAUUUAUUGGACGUAAUGACAAUGAUAUUCGUGAACUAAAAAUGGAGUGAAAUACUCUAGCUUGAUUGUGAACAGAUAUUCAGUCCUAUUUCUUACAAAAGAUUAACACAUUUAUAUAUUUGCAGAAUGUUGUAUAAUAAAACAAUUUUAAUGUUUGUAUAUUUCCUGG